AUGGCUGGUCCUUACAUUGUAUUUUUUGAUACGUUUGUGCACAAUGGACAAACACAGGAAAACACUGAUUGUGUAAGAUUCAAAAGUGGAGUUCAGCUAUUGGAACUUCGAAUUCUCCCGUUUGGUUCUGUUGUCGAGAGUAACCUGUCUGACGAGGCUAUAAUUGGGGCCACAAAUCCAGCCUCGUUUGAUGUAACAUUGUAUAGUAAUAGUAGGACCAACUGUGUAGUCCUUCAGAACAUAAUCAGCCAUCAUUUUGAUGAGAAAAACGGAAUAAACUGCAUCACCCUCAAAGAACCGGUGCACUCUAACUUUCUUCUGUUUCGAGGCCGCUAUUCGACCUUGACCGUGGCCAUAUUUGGAAUACCUGCUUUAUCUUUGAAUCAAACACUCCCUCCUGAGACCAAUCUUUCUGUACCACCUCCACAGCUAGGACUGACCACUUCUGCAAGUUCAGGUAAGAUUCAGCGGCUAUUCAAUGAUUCAUUCUGUUCGCCAGUUCCCACUUAUCAGACAACAGAAACUCCGAUAUUUGUGAAAUCAGCAGCUAAUGCACCAGCGAGCUCUGCUGAUGUUCAGCCAUCGUCCCAACCAAAACAACCCCCAAGUCAAUCAAAACAGCUCUCUAUUGAUACUGUAAUCAGCCGAAACGAGAGACCCCAUACUCCCUUUACUACCGAUGAGGAGAAGAAGGAUGACAUAUCUGAACCACAAGACGGUGGUGGGUUGUAUGAAGAUGGGGAAAUCCAGGAUAUCGAUUACGAAGAAAUAUCAUCAAACGAGGAAAUUUUCUCCGAUGCUGAUGAUGCCGAUCUGGCGGAGCUGCGCUGGUCAUUGCCUGGAUGGGGACCCCGAGACGGGCCACAUCAAUGGCUAGAGACAUUGUCAGUUAUGGCCCAGUCGCGCCCUCAAUGA